AUGGAUUUGAAUUCCAUUGCUUAUGUGGAAUCAGUUAAUUCCAACCUUAUAUGUUGUAUUUGUCAGACACCUUUCGUUGAGCCUGUAGUCAUAGAUAGCUGCGGUCACACAUUUUGCAAGGAUUGUAUUACUCGAUCAUUGUCAACUAGAUCUACCUGUCCGGUUGAUCGAUCUCAUAUUUCCAACGUUAAUGAACUUAAACCUGCUGCAAAAAUAAUUGUGAAUAUGGUUAAUGAAUUAUUAGUUUAUUGUCCUAAUAAAAAUGAUGGAUGUCUUUAUCAAGGACAACGUCAAUUAUUAAAUUUUCAUUUACAAGAAGAGUGUUUAUUCACUAAAUUAGAAUGUCGUAAUGAAGAAUGUAGAGAAAUGAUUUUAAAAAAGGAUUUAUCAAAACAUAUGGAAAGUUGUAUAGCUAGAAUGGUUAAAUGUGAAAGUUGUAAAGAAAUAGUUUCAUUAUCUACUUUAGAGGGACAUAAAAUUACUUGUCCUGUCAACAAUAUAGAAUGUCCUUAUUGUCAUACGACACGUAUUCAGCCAGAACAUACUUUACACCUUGAAGAAUGUCCAGACAAAUAUGUCACUUGUCGUCAUGCGGAAUUUGGUUGUGUUUGGAAAGGUCGUCAACAUGAUCUAUCAGUUCACAUUGGUUCUUGCAGUUAUGAACCAUUGAAAGAGUUUUUCAAGAUGUAUAAGCAACGUAAUUAUGCUCUUGAACAGGAAAAUCAGCAAUUAAAAACAAAAUUUCAAGAUCUUCGCAAUACAGUGGAUUUUUUAGAAGGUCAAGUCUCGGCUAUUUCUGAUUGGUUAUCAACCUUUAUAGAUCCAAAGGGAUUGGUAUCAAAUGCUGAAGGAGAGCCUUCAAUCUCAACAAUUCACGAAUUACUUUUAUCAGACAAUGAUCGUAUGAAAAAUGAAAUCGAAAAUUUAAGUGCUAGUUUAACAGAUUUAGAGUUGAGACAAAACGUUGCUAUCAUGACAGAAGGAAUGAGAAUGCAAGAAGAAAUCCACAGCAUAAAGAACAUUUGUCAUGGAUUAAGAAUGCAGAUGCAUUAUUUAUUAAUGGAGAGGAGUGGUGGAGAGCCAUCCGUUGGGACAGCGGGUCCAAAAAGUUCCGUUAUUAGGCCAGGAUUAAUUGGCCCUAUGGGUUUAGGAAGAACCGUUCCUCCUAAUACAAAUGAUUCUUCUUCGGCAUCAAAUCCACGUCCUCCUCGCCUAAUGGGAUCUGAAUCUCCACGGAAAGAAAAGCUUUAA